CUAUAUAGAAACGAAAAAAAAUGUUUAUUGUCCGUUUUUUGGAAGGCCGCUCUAACAAAGUGCAAUCUUAUAAAAAUGAAGAACUUAUUCCACUUGAAUCUCCUGUAGAUGAAAGAACUACACUUUUAGAAUCACUGUUAAUAGGUCACGAUUUAGAAAAAAUUGAUCAAUUAAGUUCUUUAUUAGUAAAAGAAAAAACAAUUCAAUGUUCUUUAUUAUUUCAAUUAUGGAAUGGAAUGGUAACGAAAGAAAACAUUUUAACAGAUGACGGAAAAAUUCAAAAAAAAUCAAAUAUUGAUUUAAGUGUAACCCUAUCGGAAUCCUGGAUUCAUGGAGAUAGUCACGAAUCAACUACAAGGUCUCAAUGGGAUAUUUUUCGUUAUAUAGAAGGCGAUACUGUAUUUUCGAUAUGUGAUUUAAUUACACCUUGGCAAAACAACGAAUAUAUUUUGGAGAAAAUUUUUUAUGAGCUAAAGUAUUUGCAAAAUGAAAAAUGUAAAAUUUUUGCGAAUUUUUCUCAAACAAAUUCUGAUUCCUUAAACAAUAUAAUGCCGUUGCCGGUUGAAAUAGAAGAUUUAAAUGUUCAAGAAUGGUGUAAUCUACUUGACAAAUUGAAUCAAAUUUCCACUUCUGUCGCCAAUGUUUCAAUACCAGACUAUUCUAAAAGUAUUUGCGAUUUAAAUAAAAAACAAGAUGAACUUACAUUUCAGUUUUUUUAUUUAAAAAGAAGAGCAAAGUUACCCGAAUGA